GUCACUCCCUCCGCACUGUCAGCUCUCUACGCGCUUCAAACUUGCAGUCUCUCUGGAAGUAGUCUGUUCUGUUCCCACCGUCUCUCUUUUUCCCACCACCCACAGGUUUUUUUUUUUUUUUUGAAGUGACAGACUGUUUUAGUAAUGUGUUAAAGUGUGUGUGUUGCGGCGGCUGUACACCGGGAGGAAUCACCGUGUUUUUUCUUCGCGUUUUUUAGUUGAGAAGCUGCGGGGAAAUGUCCAGCUGAGGAUUGGAAAUCCUGAAAACCGCAGGGCCUGUUUUUGUAAUGAUUGAUCAAUGCUUCGACAAUGGCGGUAAAGGCACAAGUUUUAUAUGACUUCACUGCUGAGCCUGGAAACAACGAGCUGACGGUGAAGGAAGGCGAGACAGUCACUAUCACCAAUCAGAGUAUCGGAGGUGGCUGGAUUGAAGCACAGAACUCCAGAGGGGAAGUCGGACUGGUGCCAGAAGACUACAUCGAGUUCAGGCAGCAGGUUCCAUCGUUCCCAGGUGCAGGAACCACAGCACCUACCCCAAGUUUUGGAAAUGUUGCACCUCCAGACUUGUCCAUCUUUGAUGCCUAUGCGCCCCCUGCAGCACCAGCACAGAACCAGGUGGAUGCUGGGGGCUUAAGUCCCCAGCCGGAUACCCCCGACACCCCAGUUUCCCCCUACCUUUCGUCCCCUGAUGAGGCUAGUAAUGGUAAUGAUCCCUGGUCGGUGUGGAACGCAGACCCCUCGGGGGGCACCAACAACAACUGGGCGUCCAAUCCAGAGGGCACCCAGACUGGGAAGAGUGCUGCUGACCCCUGGGGAUCCAUAUCCCAGGGCCACCCUCAGGCUUACCAGGGCCCUGACAUCUACCCGUACCCUUACCUUAUUGAUAACACAGGAGCAGAGGAUGAUGAGUGGGAUGAUGAGUGGGAUGACAUAAAGUCCACUGGAGGUUACGCUGAGUCAGAAUCUGGAGAAAGUGGAGCAAUGCAGAGAGGAGGAGCUCAUGCGUCUUCAAUGAAAAUCUCCCUCAACAAGUUUCCUGGGUUCUCUAAGUCUGGGCCAGAGCUCUACCUCCUAUGCAAGCAGCUCCCCAAGGGCAAAGAGAAACUACCAAUCUAUCUGGGAGAAGUUGGCCCGGUGUGGUCUUACCCAGAAAGUCAGCUAGACUGUGUGGUGGCUGAUCCUAAGAAAGGCUCAAAGAUGUACGGCCUCAAGAGCUACAUCGAAUACCAAAUCACGCCCAACACCACAAACCGACCAGUCAAUCAUCGAUACAAGCACUUUGAUUGGCUGUAUGAGAGGCUGCUAGACAAAUUCGGGUCAGCCAUCCCCAUCCCCUCUUUACCAGACAAGCAGGUGACAGGGCGAUUUGAGGAAGAGUUUAUUAAGAUGCGUAUGGAGCGGUUGCAGGGCUGGAUGACCAGGAUGUGCAGGCACCCAGUCAUUUCCGGCAGUGAAGUAUUCCAGAUUUUCCUCACCUACAAGGAUGAGAAGGACUGGAAAACGGGGAAGAGAAAAGCAGAGAAGGAUGAGACGGUGGGAGUGAUGAUCUUCUCCACGAUAGAGCCUGAAGCUCAAGACUUGGAUCCUGUGGAAGUGGAGCAGAAAUGUGAGCAGUUCAGCAGAUUUACCAAAGCCAUGGAUGACGGGGUAAAGGAAAUCCUCACAGUGGGCCAGGAGCACUGGAAGAGAUGUACAGGCCCUUUGCCAAAAGAGUACCAGAGAAUCGGCAAAGCCUUCCAAAACCUCUCCUCUGUCUUCACCAGCAGUGGAUACCAAGGCGAGUCAACCCUGACAGAUGCCAUGACAGCAGCGGGCAAGACAUAUGAGGAGAUAGCUCAGAUGGUGGCAGAGCAGCCCAAGAAAGACCUUCACUUCCUCAUGGAGACCAACAAUGAAUAUAAGGGUCUUCUGGGAUGCUUCCCGGACACCAUCGGAGUCCAUAAGGCAGCCAUAGACAAGGUGAAGGAGGCCGACAAGCUGGUGGCCGCCAGUAAAAUUACCCCUCAGGACAAAGUCACCAUGGCCAAACGAGUCAGCACCAUGUCUUACACAUUACAAGCUGAGAUGAACCACUUCCAUAGCAACCGUAUCUAUGACUACAACAGGGUCAUGCAGUUGUACUUGGAAGAGCAAGUCAAGUUUUACGAGACGAUUGCUGAGAAACUGAGACAAGCGCACAGUCAGUUCACUACAAUGUGAAAGCAAUGGCCUUCAGUCUCGCACUACAAGACAAGAAGAGUUAAACCAGCUCAACAUCCAAAAUAUUCUUGCUUACACUGCAUUCUUUUCCCUCCCUUUAAUUUAAAUUUCACUUCUCUCUUUCUCUCACUCUUACCUCAUCUCUUCCAUUACUACUCAUGCCAACAGUCCCAGCUCAUGGUGUUGCUUUUGUCCACGGCCCUUGGACGUCUAUGAACAGUUAGUGUGCAGCAGCUGAAAAGGGUUUGACACCAGUUUUUUUUUUUUUUUUUAGUCACAGUUUGUGGCCAUGGAUUGCUACAUAAGUAAAACAGCCAGAGUUUUUGUGAUCUGUGCUCGCAUUUUAUCUACCUAUUUUAAAGCAAUAUGGUGAAAAUAGUAAAGGAAAGGAUUUACACAUGGUGCACAACUGUUGUCUGCACAUGUCGUGAUGUAGUAACACCAGAAACCAAAGCUAUCAUCCCCUCUAUCAAUAGGGGACAGCAGGGGGGUUGAUUUCUGAAUGCAGCAUUAACAACGAAAGAGAGCUUUACUGUCUUUUUCUCAGUCAACAUUAGGCCUGUUUUAAUGAUAUUGUAUGUGUAUUAGUACAUCUUCAGUGGAGCAUUCUUGCAUGUAUCCAAGUCUUGGAAGAGUAGGCAAAAGCAGAGUGUGUCCCCUGUCUGUCCACUGCUGGCAGUCUCUAGCCCCCUUUCAUCCCACACUUCCUCAAAAGCUAACAGGAAGCUCCACCUCCUUCCUGCCUUGCCCCUUUGAGGAAAAUAGAAAUGGUUCACUAAGUUGCCUCCCCCUCCCCAGCCUGUGCAACAUGACACUGCAGUUUACAUUUCAGGAGUGAAGA